GCGCCCCCGCGCCCGGCCGCGCCCCCCCGGCCCCGCAGGCGCGGCCCGGCCCGGCCAUGCCGGCCAAGAGGAAGCCGGUGCUGCCCGCCCUCAACAUCGCCCCCAGCGCCGCCGAGGGGCCCAGCCCCGACGGCUCCGCAGAGGCUAACCUGGUGGACCUGCAGAAGAAGCUGGAGGAGCUGGAGCUGGAUGAGCAGCAGAAGAAGCGCCUGGAAGCUUUCCUGACUCAGAAAGCCAAAGUGGGGGAGCUGAAGGACGAUGACUUUGAGAGGAUCUCGGAGCUGGGCGCUGGCAAUGGCGGGGUGGUCACCAAAGUGCAGCACAAACCCUCAGGGCUCAUUAUGGCACGGAAGCUGAUCCAUCUGGAAAUCAAACCAGCCAUCAGGAACCAGAUCAUCCGGGAGCUGCAGGUGCUGCACGAGUGCAACUCCCCCUACAUCGUGGGCUUCUACGGAGCCUUCUACAGCGACGGGGAGAUCUCCAUCUGCAUGGAGCACAUGGAUGGAGGCUCUUUGGAUCAAGUGUUGAAAGAAGCCAAAAGAAUUCCUGAGGAAAUCCUGGGCAAAGUCAGUAUAGCGGUUCUGCGAGGCCUGGCCUACCUGCGGGAGAAGCACCAAAUCAUGCACAGAGAUGUGAAACCCUCCAACAUCCUGGUGAAUUCCCGAGGGGAGAUCAAGCUCUGUGAUUUCGGGGUCAGCGGGCAGCUCAUUGACUCCAUGGCCAACUCCUUUGUGGGAACUCGGUCCUACAUGUCUCCCGAGCGCCUGCAGGGCACGCACUACUCGGUGCAGUCGGACAUCUGGAGCAUGGGGCUGUCCCUAGUGGAGCUGUCGAUCGGAAGGUACCCAAUCCCCCCGCCAGACUCCAAGGAACUGGAAGCAAUUUUUGGCCGUCCUGUGGUGGACGGGGCGGAGGGAGAGUCCCCCAGCAUCUCGCCGCGGGCCAGGCCCCCAGGACGCCCCGUCAGUGGCCACGGGAUGGACACCAGGCCUGCCAUGGCCAUCUUUGAGCUGCUGGAUUACAUCGUUAACGAGCCGCCUCCCAAGCUGCCAAGUGGAGUCUUCACGCAAGAUUUCCAGGAGUUUGUAAAUAAAUGCUUAAUUAAAAACCCAGCAGAACGAGCAGAUCUGAAGAUGCUGAUGAGCCACACGUUCAUCAAGCGCUCCGAGGUGGAGGAGGUGGAUUUUGCGGGCUGGCUGUGCCGGACGCUGCGGCUGAACCAGCCCAGCACUCCCACCCGAGCUGCCAUGUGAGCCCGGCUGGCACUGCUGCCUCUGCCACCGCUCCCCGUCCUCCUCCCUCCUCCUCCUCCCAGAACUGCCCCUCCCUCCUCCUCCUCCUCCUCCUCCCAGCCCCAGCGCCAAAGCUCCGGCCCCAAAGCUCCGGGCCCUGGCAGCGUCUCCAUCCUCGGGAAUGCCCGGCGGGGUCGGUCCCUUCGGAUACGGGGAUGUUCCAGGCCUCUGCUCCAGCUCUGGAGCUCCUGACAUUUGGGAAUUGUGGUGCUGCUUAUGUUGAUUUUUCUUUAUUUUGGGUUUCGUUGGGGUUUUUUCGGUUUGUUGUUUGUUUUUGGGGUUUUUUUGGGAUGCGUUCACUCGGGUUAAACAAGAAGGUAACGGGGGGUGCGAGGUAUGGGGGAUGAGGGAUGGGCAGCUGAUGCUUCACCUGCUGCCGGGUUUUCUCUCUGGGAUGGAGAAUCAGUGGGAUCAGGAGUGGAGAAGCCCUGCCCGGGGACACGGCUGGGGCAGAGCAGCUUUGCCUGGGCUGCUUUUUAAACGGAUCUUUUAAAGCCUGGCCUUGUCCCACGCUGGAUGUUCAGGGACGGGAUGGGGAUGGGAUGGGAUGGGAUGGGAUUGGGAUUGGGAUGGGAUGGGGGUGGGAUGGGGAUGGCUCCUGCUUUUCCGUGUCCAGGUGAGGGGAGAGUGGAUUUUCCUUCCCUGGAGAGGCGGGGGCAGAGCCCGGCAGUUCCCGGCGGGAUCGGGAUCCCUCUCCUGAUCCAUCGGGGCACAGGGAACCCUCCAGGCUGCCGAUUUCCCCCUCUGGCUGCCUCCAGCCCAUCCCAGGGGUGGCCUCAGCCAUUGUGGACGUGGCAGAGCUCCAGGAUUCCCUGCUGGAGCCCCCUGGCCGGGGCUGAGCCCCCCUGAGCCGCCUCAUGCCGAGCCCACGCUGUCCCUGGAUUGUCCCAUCCAGGACCCUGUGACCCCCUCCCUUCCCACCACGGGGAUUUUGGGGUGAAUCAUUCCCCUCCUCCCCCUGCCUGGGCUUGGCAACCCCUGAGCCCCCCUGAGCGAGGAUUUGGGAAGUUUGGUGGGAAUUUUUUGGUGUUUUCCUUAUUUUUUUUUGGCUGUUUUUCCCCCAGUCAGGCUGGCAGCUGCCAUCCCCCUGCCUGCCCUGGCUCCCACCAUGGCAACCCCAAAAAUUAACUGCCAGGGCUGGGCUAACCCCAAAUCCCUCAUCCCUUUUCCUUUCCUGUUUUCCAGCACAGGACAAAGGCACUGCCCUGCCUGGGGCCAAGCCGCAGGGCAAACACGUCCCCAAAGGGGGGACACCCCAGUUUUUUUGGGGGGAACACCCCAGAUUUGAGGGGUCUGUGCUUGCUGGCUCAGCUCACGCCCGGCCAAGCCACCCUGGAGCCGUGGGGUGCUCAAUGGGAUGGAUUUUGCCUCUUAUUUGAUGUGGGAAGCAGGGAAGGUUCCUCAAGUUUCGGGCUAUUUUCCAUAGAUUUUGGUGCUGGGUUUUGGAGGAGGAAGAGGAGGAAAAGGAGAGGAGGAGGAGGAGAAAGAGGAGAGCGUGGAUGGAGCAGUUUGGUGGUGCAAUUAAUUUUUUUAUUUUAAACUCGAUAUUUUCAUCAUGGGUGGGGGGGGAAAAAAAAAAGAAUAAUAAAUAAACGGCACUUUACAUUUC